AUGACCAAAAUCGCACUGAAUCUUAGUACAUGGACAAGCUAUAAUAUAAUUUUUCGUUCUUUACAGAACGCAUGGAAACGUUCAUUUUCUACUAAAGAACGUCAAAUUUCUUCCGAAGACGAGCAAUCUCGUAGUUCUCAACAUUCAUCUGUUUCGGCUGCUAAAGAUAUAGCACCUGACAAAAGUUCUACGGCAUUGAUUCUUAUUGAUGUUAUUAAUCAUCUCGAUUUCGAAGGAAAUGAAGAGUUGAUCAAGGUCAUAAAACCAAUUGGUCAGCGUAUUGCCGAAUUGCGACAAGCAGCUCGCAUUGCUAACAUUCCAACUAUAUUCGUCAAUGAUAAUUUUCAUAAAUGGAAAUCAGAUUUUCGUUUUGUCGUCGAGAAUGUUCUUAAAGAAAACAAACCUGGCAAACAUGGUUUAUUGUGGUUUACAGGUAAAAUACUGGCCGAGUUAUUGAGACCAGAUGAAAAUGAUUAUUUUGUUUUGAAACCUAAACAUUCGGGAUUCUAUUGUACACCACUUGAACUUCUUCUUGAUCAUUUACAAGCACGAACUCUUAUUUUGACCGGUUUUGCUGGAAAUAUCUGUGUUUUAUUCACUGCAAACGAUGCGUACAUGAGAAACUAUAACUUAAUUGUUCCAAGAGAUUGCAUUGGUUCUAAUACACCAGCGGAAAACGAUGUAUCUCUCGAGCAAAUAAAUAAAUUACUUAAAGCAGAUAUAAGACCGUCGGCUGACAUUAUCAAAGAUAUUAAAAAUAGUAUGUUCAAUGAAUGCAAUAAUUCUGAACAUUCAAUUGGUAAAUCAAAAAGUAAACAAUAA